CGUGCACACCAUGUGACAGGCUUCCUUCUGCUAUAAGCCGAGGAAAGGUCCGCCCUCUCCUGGACUCAGCCCUCUCCUCGCCGAGCUCUGUCCCUAGACUCUCAAACGUCCCGCAAGCUCCCGGGCUCCCGACGCUUUUGACUUGCUCGCCUGGGGCCCCGCCCCCCCCUCCUCCACUGACCCGGCGAGGGGCGCCGGGAGAGAGGAAAGUCAAGUCCCCCGCCCCGGCCGGGUGCGCAGGGAGCCAAAGGAGCGCGGAGAUCGUGGGUCUACCGCAGCGGCGCAGGAGUUACAAAGUCGCAGCGCCAGCCUCGGCCGCCACCGGGCUACCCCGGCGCAGCUUGAGCAGCGGCGGCGCCCCCCCCCCUCCCCCGCCCCAGCGUGGCGCCCCCGGGCCAGGCCCGCCGCCCGGGACCUAGGCUGGGACGCGGCGGGAGCCGGGAGCCCGGCGCCCCUAUGGGCCGCCUCGCCGCCGCCAAACCACAGCUAUGACCCUGAGCACGGAGAUGUCCGAUGCCUCAGGCCUCGCCGAGGAGACAGACAUCGACGUGGUGGGGGAGGGCGAGGACGAAGACGAUGAGGAAGAGGAGGACGACGACGAGGGCAGCGGUGGUGGGCCUCGGCUGGCUGUCCCCGCGCAGCGGCGGCGGCGGCGGCGCCGCUCGUACGCCGGGGAAGACGAGCUAGAGGACCUGGAGGAGGAGGACGACGACGAUGACAUCCUGCUGGCCCCGCGAACAGGUGGCUCCCCGGCUCCCCUGGGCCCGGCCCCUGUGGCAGGGGCCGGGGCUGGUGGCGGCGGCAGCGCGGGCGCUGGCGGCAGCGGCGGGGUGAGCGCUGGCGGCGGCGCCAAGAACCCCCUGGUGAAGCCGCCGUACUCGUACAUCGCGCUCAUCACCAUGGCCAUCCUGCAGAGCCCCAAGAAACGGCUGACGCUGAGCGAGAUCUGCGAGUUCAUCAGCGGCCGCUUCCCCUACUACCGGGAGAAGUUCCCUGCCUGGCAAAACAGCAUCCGCCACAACCUCUCGCUCAAUGACUGCUUCGUCAAGAUCCCCCGCGAGCCCGGCAACCCUGGCAAAGGCAACUACUGGACGCUCGACCCCGAGUCCGCCGACAUGUUCGACAACGGCAGCUUCCUGCGCCGGAGGAAGCGCUUCAAGCGGCAACCGCUGCUCCCGCCCAACGCCGCCGCCGCGGAGUCACUGCUGCUGCGCAGCGCGGGGAGCGCUGGGGGCGCGGGGGACCCAGCGGCAGCCGCCGCGCUCUUCCCGCCGGCGCCCCCACCGCCCCCGCACGCGUACGGCUACGGCCCCUACGGUUGCGGCUACGGCCUUCAGCUGCCACCCUACCCGCCGCCCUCCGCCCUCUUCGCCGCGGCUGCGGCUGCCGCCGCCGCCUUCCACCCGCACUCACCCCCACCGCCUCCGCCACCGCACGGGGCGGCUGCCGAGCUGGCCCGGACCGCCUUCGGCUACCGGCCGCACCCGCUUGGCGCCGCCCUGCCCGGCCCCCUGCAGGCCUCGGCGGCCAAGGCGGGCGGCCCGGGCGCCUCGGCGCUGACGCGUUCGCCCUUCUCCAUAGAGAGCAUCAUCGGGGGCAGCCUGGGCCCAGCCGCCGCCGCCGCCGCCGCGCAGGCCGCCGUCGCCGUGCAGGCCUCGCCCUCCCCCUCGCCUGCGACGCCGUCCGCGCCGGCGCCCGGGUCAGCCGGCGGCGGCUGCGCGGCUCAAGCGGCAGUGGGCCCGGCCGCUGCGCUCACCCGCUCCCUCGUGGCUGCCGCGGCGGCAGCCGCCUCCUCAGUCUCCUCGUCGGCCGCCCUGGGGACUCUGCACCAAGGGACUGCCUUGUCCAGUGUCGAGAACUUUACUGCUAGGAUCUCAAAUUGUUAAUAACGCUAUGUUAGCGCGCUUGAGAAAGAGAAGGUAGGAAUCCCAGCUCCUUUUUUCAUCUGGGUGUUUUGUGUUUUGUUCCCUCCUCCCGGCGCGGACCCUCCCUACCUCGCGCCCCCAUUUUCGCAGCUUUGGAUUCUCAGAUGAGACUCUGUAGGGCAACUGCUCGGGCGCGCUCUUCGGGUCCCUGUAUUUAUGCAAACUCGCCCUUUGCUGCGGCCCUGCAGCCUGGGGUGGGGAGGAAGAGGGUGAUGGUGGGGACCGCCCUGUCCAGGCACAAGGGGCUUCCUUGACUUUGGGAAAUUUUUUAAAAAGUCUAAGCCUUUUUGAGGUCUAGAGAGUUUCAGGUCCCCGAGUUUAAAAAGAGAAAAUCAGUAAUGUUCAAAAGAAGAAUAAUACAAAAAUAGUAAGGGUCCCGAAGAAUGCCAGAGAGGCAAUAGUUUUUCAUUUGAGGACACUUGUCUGGUGUACUUUUUCAUGAAAAGGAAAAAAUGAUUAACGAACAUGUUUACACAAGGAAAAAAGUCAAAAUGAUCAUUUCUUACUUUAACCUGUGUUUUGUAUCAUAACAGACAUGCGGAAUUUUUAUUUUGUACUUACUGCGUAUUCUUUACAAGGAGUAUUGUAAAUUUUACUGGCAAUUAUUAUUGUACCAUUCUAAUGUAAGAUUUUUACACUUUUUUUUUUCAGAAAUAAAUGCUUAAUUUUCAAAGAAAAUCCA